AGAAACCUCCAAGUGGUUUGAUUCCUUCUCUUUUUUACACAUAUCCAUUAUGGCCGACGCUUCUUCUGUCACCAUCCGUACUCGCAAGUUCCUUACCAACCGUUUACUCCAACGUAAGCAAAUGGUCGUUGAUGUUAUCCAUCCCGGUCUUGCCAACUUGUCUCGUGAAGAACUCCGUGAAAAGCUUGCCAAGAUGUACAAGACUGACAAGGAAGUUGUCUCUGUCUUUGGUUUCAAGACUCAUUUUGGUGGUGGUCGUACUACUGGUUUUGGUUUGAUCUACGAUUCUGUUGAAGCUUUGAAGAAGUUUGAACCCAAGUACCGUCUCGUUCGUAUUGGUUUGGCUGAAGCUCCAAAGGGUGGUCGCAAGCAACGCAAGGAAAAGAAGAACCGUGCCAAGAAGUUCCGUGGUACCAAGAAGGCUGCUGCCAGCGGUGGCAAGAAAUAGACAUCUUAUCUCUUCGAUCCAAUUACAACUGUUGUUUUCAAUACAUCUUUAUUCUUCUUUUGUCUUUUUAUGUGUUUAUUAAUUGAUGCUUGUUAUUGAAUAAAUCACAAAGGACUGUUUUGAACCUAUC